AUGCUUGUGCCUACGGAACUCACCAAAGUCGAGAAAUUCGUGGCCGGUCUGAACUAUAAGGCGCGAAAAGCUUUGACUGUGAGUAGGCCGAGUUCUCUUAAGGACACUUACGUGUGCGCCGCUGAUCUGUAUCGCGUGCAGCAGCUUCAGAGGGGUUCGUUUGAGCAAGCUAGGAAGAGAUCUGAGGGCGGAAGUUCUUCUACCUUCAAGAAGUCAAAACCGAGUUUCCCGGCCAGGAUCGUGUCAUCUUCUUCUCAAGGACCUAUCAGGAUGGAGCACGGGAACCAAGCUAAGGAAUCCCUUUGUCAGCGUUGUGGGAAGAUGCAUGUGGGUCAAGGUUGCAAUGGCUUUGCGUUCAGGUGUUUUCGUUGCGGAGAUCGUGGCCACAAGAUCGCGGAGUGUCCCCAGUUAGCCGGCCAGAGAGCGUUACCGCCACCCCCGGGAGCCGGAGGGGCAUCGGGAGCUGGUUCGGGCCGUGGAGCUGUUGGAGCAAGGCCACCGGGAAGAGUCUUCGUGAUGGCGCGUUCGCAGGCGGAGUCGGUGGGCUUGGUGGAAGAAGAGUUGACAG